AACAUUAGACAGCGGAAAAGAAGCAAACUACACAUUUUCAAAGUAGGCUAUUUCUGAGAUAACUUGCUAGCAGUCAUGUCGAUCACAGAUAUAUUUCAGACACAGUUAUCCCAAAUUAUGGGGUUAUUAGUUGAAUCAGCAGUUAGCGAGAUGGGGCGACUUCUCGACGUGUGUGCUGCUGUUUUGGAGAAUAAAGACAAUCGUUUCCUGAAGAGAGAAAUGGAGCGUGUGAAUACAACCAACAAAAUAAAGUUUGCAUCAUUCAUGGAAGUGUUGAGUAAAAGCUCGAUGGAGAAAAUAUCAUUACUAAUGACUGUGGACGAGAUGGAGGUGACAGCCGUGGAGAAGACUGGUGGAGAAGGCACAAGUGGUGGAGAAGCAGUAAACUUGCUUAACCCAGAAGUAAAAUCACGUGUAAUUAUAAUCUAUCCAGGAGAUAUUAGAGAAGCAGUUGCGACUCAAAAAGGAGCCGUAAAGGACGAGGGAUCUUCUGAGUCUGAUAGUCAGGAGGUUUACCCUGGCUUUGCCCCCUUGCCCUCACCUUCAUCAGACGAGGAAUGGCUCCCCGAGGUUGAUCCCAGCCAGAAUGAUGACCUUGACCCUCAGGCACCAUCUGCAUCUAGGUUGAAGAUACCCAGAUCUGCAUCGGACCCAGACAAACAAGACGCAGGUAGGGAUGGAGAUGAUCAAGAUGUCCAAUGUGGAGAUUCUGCAGACACCGCCCACCAGGGGCCCCUCGUCUGUGCCCACCAGGGGCCCCUCAUCUGUUCCCACUGUGGAAAAUGUUUCAAGGAGAAAUGGUAUCUGACGAGGCACCUUCAGUCCCAUACAAAAUCUUACAGAUGCUCUCAUUGUGGGAAAGGUUUUAAUCUGGCGAAACAGCUAGCAAAACAUUCCAUUAAACACCAAGAGAACAGCUUCAGUUGUACCGAUUGCGACGCGGUGUUUCGCCAGAAGUGCACUUUGCAGGCGCACAAGAAACGUCACAAAACGGAGAAAACGGUCACGUGCGCAGUUUGUGAAAAAAAGUUUGUAGGGGAAAGGCACAAAUGCAUUGUAAAGCAGAGGACAUUCAGCUGCUCUUCCUGCCCAAAGGUCUUAAAGACCAGAGAAGGAUUGUCUUAUCACCAGGGAACACACUCCGGGGAGAGGAAGUAUUGCUGUGAGACCUGCGGCAAAACGUUCUUUACCUCCGUGUCCUUAAAAACCCAUAUGAUGACUCAUAAAGAGAAGGAUCAUAGCUGUGCUGUAUGUGGCCAACCUUUCAACAACGGACAUGCUCUCAGAAAGCACAUGGUAGCCAGCCACCCCGGAGAAACGCCAGAGAAACGCUUCGUCUGCGACGUGUGUGGCAAAUGUUUCGCCAAGAGAGACCAUCUGUAUAAACACAUGCGGAGACACAAGGAAGAAAAACCCUUUUCUUGUGACGUUUGUGGCAAAAAGUUUCAUUCUUCGGGUAAUUGCAAAAGACACGAGAUAACGCACACAGGUGAGAAACUAUAUCACUGUGACCUUUGUGGGAAAAGUUUUACCCAGUCUGGAACCCUAACCAUACAUAAACUAAACACGCACACAGACGGCGUAGAUAAGCCUUCUUUCAAGUGUGAGAUUUGUGGGGAAGUUUUUCCAAGACGUUACACCCUAAAAAAUCAUAUGGUCACUCACACGGGGAAGAAACCGUGUCCAUGUAGCGUUUGUGGCAAAGGUUUCUUUAGCAAUCCGACUCUUAAAGCUCACAUGCUCAUUCACACAGGGGAGAAACCGUUUGAGUGUGAUCAAUGUGGGAAAAGGUUCACCCAGUCAAGUCAUCUGAAAUAUCACGAGCGACAUGUGCACACGGGUGUCAAACCAUUCGUGUGUGACAUCUGUGGGAAGGCCUAUGCAAAUAGACAGAAUCUGAAACUCCACAAGUGCAGUGCUUCUGCUAAAGAGUAGUCUGCGCAGUGCUUCUGCUAAACGGUAGUCUGUGCAGUGCUUAUGCUAAACGGUAGUAAUCUAGCGUCACAACUAGAUAAUUAUCACCCUGUCAAUGAGCAAUAUACACUGCUCAAAAAAAUAAAGGGAACACUAAAAUAACACAUCCUAGAUCUGAAUGAAUGACAUAUUCUUAUUAAAUACUUUUUUCUUUACAUAGUUGAAUGUGCAGACAACAAAAUCACACAUUAUCAAUGGAAAUCAAAUUUAUCAACCCAUGGAGGUCUGGAUUUGGAGUCACACUCAAAAUUAAAGUGGAAAACCACACUACAGGCUGACCCAACUUUGAUGUAAUGUCCUUAAAACAAGUCAAAAUGAAGCUCAGUAGUGUGUGUGGCCUCCACAUGCCUGUAUGACCUCCCUACAACGCCUGGGCAUGCUCCUUAUGAGGUAGCGGAUGGUCUCCUGAGGGAUCUCCUCCCAGAACGUGGCGUUGGUGGAUGGAGCGAGACAUGAUUUCUCAGAUGUGCUCAAUUGGAUUCAGGUCUGGGGAACGGGAGGGCCAGUCCAUAGCAUCAAUGCCUUCCUCUUGCAGGAACUGCUGACACACUCCAGCCACAUGAGGUCUAGCAUUGUCUUGCAUUAGGAGGAACCCAGGGCCAACCGCACCAGCAUAUGGUCUCACAAGGGGUCUGAGGAUCUCAUCUCGGUACCUAAUGGCAGUCAGGCUACCUCUGGUCGAGCACAUGGAGGGCUGUGCGGCCCCCCAAAGAAAUGCCACCCCACACAUUGACUGACCCACCGCCAAACCGGUCAUGCUGGAGGAUGUUGCAGGCAGCAGAACGUUCUCCACGGCGUCUCCAGACUGUCACAUGUGCUCAGUGUGAACCUGACGGAGGUAGCGGUCCUGCUGCUGGGUUGUUGCCCUCCUACGGCCUCCUCCACAUCUCCUGAUGUACUGGCCUGUCUCCUGGUAGCGCCUCCAUGCUCUGGACACUACGCUGACAGACACAGCAAACCUCCUUGCCACAGCUCGCAGUGAUGUCCCAUCCUGGAUGAGCUGCACUACCUGAGCCACUUGUGUGGGUUGUAGACUCCGUCUCAUGCUACCACUAGAGUGAAAGCACCGCCAGCAUUCAAAAGUGACCAAAACAUCAGCCAGGAAGCGUAGGAACUGAGAAGUGGUCUGUGGUCCCCACCUGCAAGAACCACUCCUUUAUUGGGGGUGUCUUGCUAAUUGCCUAUAAUUUCCACCUGUUGUCUAUUCCAUUUGCACAACAGCAUGUGAAAUGUAUUGUCAAUCAGUGUUGCUUCCUAAGUGGACAGUUUGAUUUCACAGAAGUGUGUUUGACUUGGAGUUACAUUGUUGUUUAAGUGUUCCCUUUUAAUUUUUGAAUGGACCCAUUCCAUGCUUCUCCACGUGAAGGGGAAAAUACAAAACAAAAAAAACUAACCCGGUUUCCAUCCAACCUUUUAAUGCCGGUAAAUUGCAUAAAGUGCACGGUGACGAGCUUGAUGCUCCGUUCCAAUAAAUAUUGAGGGUCUUAUUCUGGUGACAUGAUGAUCGAUGCUUGGCUGCCGUUUUGACAAAUAAAAAUGAUCUCACUCUUUUGUCCAUAAUAAUGUCAUCAUGUAGGCUAUACCCGCACUGUAUCUGUGAGCUGGAGGCUAGUGCAGAUGUGCCAAGACCAGAGUGGGCACAUUCACUAUAGUCAGCAGAAUUGAAAAGAAGAUGGAAUCCCAUUUAACUUGUUUAUUUAAAGUUUUUUUUUGUUUGUUUAUUCGUUAACGUUACAUUGGAUUUUUAAGCGGAAAAGUUAUUAUGUGCACUGUGUCCAUCAUGCACAUCCUUUUAUCCUCAACAAGUCAAUUUACAGAAACUCAUCCCAGGUAGUAAAAAUAUGAAGAUUGUUUUUAUGCAGAUUUUUAGAAUAUUCGCAUUUAAAUUCUGUCUCCAAUUGGAUGGAAACCUUGCUAUUUUAAGGGAAAUAAUCUGUGUACAUUUUUUAAAAAUCUGCUUUGAGUGUCUAUUGUCAUGACUGGACUCCAUUCUGUGUCAGGCUGGUAGUCAUUUUGCACCAGACAGAACCGUGCAGUGGCUAGCUCCAUCACAAUGUCCUUGUGAAUGUAUUGAUCCUGCUGCUUCUAAUUGGAGACCUUCAUAUUGUUAGGAGUCUGUUGAUUGAUUGUCUACUCAUUAGCAAUCAAUAGAUGAGCUCAUUUUCCAAUGUCACCAGGUCUUUAUGAUAAAAAAAAAAAAAAAUAUUUGACCUUUUUACUUUUAUCUAGAUGAGAUCAAUUUUUUUUUUUUUGGCUCUCAAAUAGCAGUAAAAUCAAAUGACAGAAUUUGUGAUUUUUACCCCUAGCAUAGUUGCUUCUGCUUUAAAUGCAAAUAUUCUGUAUUUCAAAUAAAUAAACAAAUUAGCAUCUG